CCAAAAUUCCGUCGUCGUCUACGGUGCGCGUUCAGGAUUACUUAUUCGACGUUUGUAAUAAAAUGAUAUAAUUUUUAUAAAUGCUAAUCCCGCUAACUCGCUGUGGCAGUUCAGAACAAAAAAAUAUAAUAGAAUCUUCUGUUUUUAUUUUGCAAGAUCUUGACUCGCAGUUCUCGGAUUUGUGUGUGCGAUCCUGGAUGGUCCUCGAGCGGUACAUCUAACACAAACAGAUAACACGUUCACGUAAGAGAAAUUACCUGUGAUUAUUUUACCAUCAUCAGUUAUUAAUUAAACGAAGUGGACGAGACGAUCAAGCAAUUAAAGAAUGAUCAACGCUUCGUGAGCGAUGUCUUUCUAGGCCUCGCGUUUGAAUAUAGACUGAUCGACUUCACUUCCCUGUCUUCCAUCUCCCUUAUGCAGCCGAAAUUGUACCUGGGGACUCGCUCAUCAAGUGCAAACAUAAUGUCAGAGAGACCGGGCAUUAUAGCGUGAAUCGAAAGUGGUUUGCAGAGUAACGCCCGAUCCUAGCAAUGCUUUUGUCAUCGAAACUCAGUUUGCUUUCUUAAGAAGUUUUGCUGUUCUACUUGGUAGCCUAGUCGCAGAUAUAAAGAAAACAUCUGUUGGCGUGUAAAACUGGAAUCUGAGUAGCUUCAAACGAGCAGCACUGGAACCGCAUGGCAGAGAUCAGAAAGUGUGUAAUUGUACGCUCACAUUAUGGCUCGUCGACGAAAAAAUGAAACGAAAACAAGUAUGAAGUCUCCACAGAAAUUUGUAGCUGUCCGAAAAUCUAGUAGACAAAUAGCAAAAAAGCAGCAACAGGAACAAAAGGUGAAUGGUGAUGCUGUGCAAACGAGCUCGAAUAACUCAGACGACUCUAAAGAUGGUAACGAGGAAAUAGAAGAGCUACAACCCUUAGAGACCAUUUCCGCUGUUCAAAAGAAGAUCAAUAUAUUUCGUCGCUCCAUUAUUUGUGAUAAUACGGGUGCUGAAUCGAUCGUGUCAUUGAAGGGAGAGAAUGAUAUUCACACUAAAAUAGAGAGUUCAAUUCUCCCUUUAGAGAAAGAAAGUCCUCCAGACAUGGUCAUUUGUCUUUCGAAUAUGAAUCACGAGUCUCCUGGUGACAUUACGUCUAAUGAAGUGUGGUCUGGGGAUAUGAUGGAAGAGACAAUAAUUUGCGAGGAAAUGGAUGUUGAAGAAAUGACAAAGGACGUGGGCGUGCAACAGAACAGCGUAGUUGUUGAGCAAGUAUUACUAGUUAACGAUCCAGAAUUCCUCGGCGAAAAUUUGGUCGAGUUUACUGUGAUACAGAAUGAGGACGGAACUGAGUCGAUGUUGAUGGUAUCUGACAUGGAAACUCCCCCAAAAAAGGAAUAUGAAAGUUCAAAAGUUUUUCGCAGCAUCGAAGAAGGUGUUGGCAGUUUAAGGAUGACUGAAUCCAACAGUCCUGAAAUGAAAAGUAGUGGCAGAUUAACAAAUGAUAAAAAGCAACUUACGUCCGAGACUAAGAGUAUUGCACAGUAUGAAGAAACGCAAGAUGUCAUUCUUAGCGAUUGCAGUUUUCCCAAAACUAGUAAAACUGAUUUUAGUUUGCUCAAUAACGAUGAAGGGGCAAUGAAUGUUGAUUCUGUUCCAAUUCAUGUAGCUUAUUCACAAGCUGAUUCUAUUAAAGUAUCAAGUGACACAAACUCGCUCAGGAAUGAUUGUGAAUUCAAAGGAAGUACAGACAUAAGUAGAGAAACUUCAGAAGAACCAGGAGAGUCAACUGCUUCAUGUAGCAUGGAAAAUUGCGUAAAAAAUUCAACGGUCUUCACGAAAAAAAUUUUGCUUCUAACGCAUGAUGAUGAAACAAAUUCUUUAGAUAAGAUAGAACGACUAAACAUUGAAGAUCAAUCUAUUUCUAAUUCAAUUAAAGAAAAUGAUACCAAGAAUGUAGAUCUGGAUGAUACUUUGGAUUCUAAAAAUAAUGAAAUUAGAUAUAUUCCUAAGUCAAGAGAAAGUCAAGAAUUUGGGAAUGAAUUUAUGCAAAAGAAGACAGAUCGCUCACAGCAUAUCGAGGAACAUUCCAGACACAGCGAGAUAGAUAGAAAGCCGGACUUUGAAGAUAUUAAGUUGUCUAGCAGUAGCGAGAACAGUAGUGAUACUUUAUUGUCAGCAAAUAGCUAUAAGUUGCCCGAACUUGGCUCCGAUGCUAAAAAUGUAAUUGGUCUGAAUGAAGCGGAGAAGAAAAGCGGAUUCAGAAGUCGAAGUGGAAGUACGGAUACGACGGGUUCGGAAAGCGGAUCCAACAGUUCUGGAGUUCGGCGGAGCAGCAGAAUUCGGACCAUAGGAUUGAUGAAACAAAGAACGCGUGGACAUGGUUUAGUGACAAAACCGAACCUUGAUACUUCGAAAAUUGGAUUACAACCAAACUUAGACAAAACAAGCAGCUGUACUCCCCCAUUGUCACAAGAGCCGAAAGAUGGGUUCGAUAAUAUCUCAGAAACUCAAUUAGACAAAGAAAAUGUUGGUUCUAAAAUUACAAUAACCACUGAUAAUCUAAUGUCUCUGCCUGCAAGCAGCGGAGCUACCGGGUACGAUUCUGAUUCGUCGAAACCUGUGAAAGUUAAAUCUCGUUGGCGUAGAUCGAGCGAGUUAGAAAUGGGUGGAACGGGUUCGCUCUUAGUUUCUCCAUUAGGUAUCGGCUUCGGAUUUCCUGCAGUUGGUUGUUUACCGACGACUGAGACCGCAACAGGAGCAGGAGUCGCUCAAGAUAUGUUGACGACUAAUUCUGCGGUAAACUCUGAAAAUGCUGGUACAGUAUCUUCUCCGAGUAUUAUGGAAAGCAUUGUUAAUAAUGAAAUUUCCAUGAGUGAAAAUAACACCAAUACAUCGUUAGCUACAGUAAUUCCAAAGACUGUAGGUGCCAAGAUCUCGUUGCCAAUGGUUUUAGAAGUAAGUGACAGAGAAAUGGAGGAAAGACUGAGUCAGUUUGAUCAACUGAAUGAAAACCUAUAUCUAACCAAUCGAUAUACAAGUAAAGAGAGUAAAGGAAUGCUGUGCGAUUGCUUUUUGACAGAAGAUGAAAUCGAGCGAGGAGAACUCGGUUGUGGGGAAGAUUGUCUCAACAGGCUCCUUUUAAUGGAAUGUGGAUCUAGAUGCGUCGUAGGAGACAGGUGUACCAAUAAGAGAUUUCAGAAUUGCGAGUAUGCAAAAUGUGAGGUCUUUCGAACUGAAAAGAAAGGUUUCGGGCUACGUAGUACCGCCGAUCUUGAGGCAGGAGAAUUUAUAAUGGAAUACGUAGGAGAAGUGGUUGAUCCAAAAGAUUUUCGUAAGCGAACCAAGGAAUACUCAAAAGAUAAGAAUAGACAUCAUUAUUUCAUGGCGUUGAAAUCAGAUCAAAUCAUUGACGCUACUAUGAAAGGAAACGUGUCUCGCUUUAUAAAUCACAGCUGUGAUCCAAAUGCGGAAACUCAGAAGUGGACGGUUAACGGAGAAUUAAGGAUUGGAUUUUUUAACAAAAAGUUCAUAGCUGCUGGGGAAGAAAUCACUUUUGACUACCACUUUCAGCGAUAUGGGAAAGAGGCACAAAAAUGUCUUUGUGAGGCUUCGAAUUGCAGAGGGUGGAUAGGGGAAACUCCUGAAGACGAAAAUCAGAAGAUCGAGAAGAAGGAAACACGUGAGAAAGAUAUAACCAGAAAGAAGAAAGAGGAAAAGAAACCUGCCGAUUAUAUGGAAGAUGAAGAUUUGGAGGAAGAGAUAGAAAAACUUUGUUCGGGUGGAUUGAAAAAUAGAAACCAUACCUUGACUUUGAGCCGAUUGAUGGUUCGUAGUAGGGAAUUAGAACACAGAACUCGUCUUUUACGUGUCUUGCAAACUGGGGAACAACCUUGCUGUAGGUUGUUCCUUGAUUACCACGGGUUACGCCUGAUUUGGAGCUAUAUGAUGGACGUUGCUGGAACUGAAACAGAAGAGACUCAGCAAUUUAGACUGGAGGUUCUCAAAACGCUAAGCACAUUGCCAAUCCCUAAUAAAACGAUGCUCAUGGACAGCAAAGUAUAUGGCGUGGUCGAGAAGUGGUCAAAACAGUCUUUUUCGUUUCCGAGUGUAGAAUCACCGGAGGACGAGCAAGUCGAAGCAAAAGAAGAGCUGGACAUUGAUAGCAAAGAAAAAAGUUCUGAAGGAAUCAUUAAGAAAGAGGAGAAUGAAGCAGUGGAUGAACACAUUAAGGACCUGAAGCAGGAGAGCGAGCAAGUACUUAUAACUGAACUUGCAUCGAACCUUUUAACGGAAUGGUCUAAUUUGAUGGAGGUUUUCCGGAUACCAAAGAAAGAGAGGAUCGAGCAAAUGAAGGAGCAUGAAAGAGAAGCAGAUCGAGGAUACAAGGAAGAAUUAGAUAAAGAGCAGAAGCGGGAGACGUAUGAGAGAAAGUUUCGUUUCUCGCAAAAUAGGUAUCGUUCUGACCGAUAUGGACGGGUCGAGAACGACAAGCGAGACCGAAGACGCGGUCGCGAGUCACCAGAUUUUGAGCAUAUCAGAUCUAAAGACAAGAGGGUGGAUGAGCGAUCGAACUUGGUACCCGUGCCCCGGAUGACCAAGUUUGAACGCAGACAACUGUUUGCUUUGAAAGUUGCCAAGGAAGAAGAAAAGGAAAGACAGCGUCGCCAGCAGGAAGAGUUGUGGAAGGAACAUGAAACUCGAUGUUUGGCAUUGGGAAUGGAUCCUCAUACGACUUCGGCUAUUGACCCUCAAACCGGUUAUCCGCUGUUCUUCAAUCCGGCAAUAGGACAGUGGCAAACUUAUCCUAUUCAGGAUGGAUCUGAACUUCAGCAGCAAAUGACGCCUGUUUACGUUGGGGGACCUCAACCAUUGGCAACGUCUUCACAACCAAAUCUCGUUUCUCCUUUGCCUCACCUAUUACAACCUGGUCUCUCUAUUGAUAUUUCACCGGGUUUGCAGACUGCAAUGUAUCCCAUGAAUCAAACACCAACCUAUAAUCAACAAACUACUCAAUUUCCUCCUCCUUUACCAGUUCCUCAUCAACAGUUUCCGGAAAGUCCGCUUCAGAUUCCGAACAACCUAGUACAAAUUCAUAACGGUACUCCGCCGAUUCCUAUUCCAGGUCAAACUAUGUUCAUAGAAAAAUCCGUAGAGCCUUCUUUCCAAUCUAGCCCUGUCAUAGAAACCACAAAACCAUCAUCACAACCUGAAAUGCCCCCUCCCUUAGAUUUACCUCCUAAGUGGAAAUGGGCAAAGGACGAACGAGGUAGGGUUUAUUACUAUCAUGUUAAGGAAAGAAUAUCGCAGUGGCUGCCACCGCCUCCUGAUCAUAUCGGUGUGCAACCAGAUUCUUCAACCUCUUCUGAAUCAAGCGAGGAAUCUAGUUCAUCAAACGAUGAAGAGGAAGAUGUGGAAGAAGAUCGUAAUCCUGAUAGGCCAAUUGAAGAAAUGGAUGUUGAUGGCGCAUCCGGAGCUGAAAUAACCUCGAAACAAAGUCCUUUAAGAAAACCGGAGUUCAACGGUACUAUGGAAAUUAGGAAAAAAAGGGAUGGAUUAGUCCAGGAAAGAAUCAUUAGUCCGCGGAGGGAAGAAGAUCGCAUAGACCACAAAAAAUUCAAGGAAAUGAAGGAAAAAUUACGACGCCAGAAGGAAAGAGCAAGACUGAAAGACUACGUCGACAAAGGAAGGAAACAUCGACGUAGUAACAAAUCCAAGUCCCACUCACGACAUGGUCUCAGAGCUCAGACCACGGGAGUCGAUGCUUCACCUAAUGCUGAACGUAAAAUUAAGGACGCGUUUAGAAUAAACAUGGCCAAUGUGAUGGUUCAUUUCCUGAAUCCUUACCGGAAGAAUGACUGUAAGCAAGGAAGAAUUACGAAUACGGAAGAUUUUAAACAUUUAGCUCGCAAGUUAACGCACUUUGUACUCGCGAAAGAGUUAAAGCACUGCAAGAGCGUAGACGAGUUGCAAUGUAAUGAGAAUGUGAAACAUAAGGCGAAAGAUUUCGUACGUAAGUAUAUGAGCAAAUUUGGAGCUGUGUAUCAGAAGAGUACAGACGACGAUUAAUGGUAGUCAUUGUGAUAUAAUUUUAUUAUUUAUUACGCCUUCGUUUUAUUUUUGUCAUUUUGACUUUUGUCAAAAGCAUGGUAAGCAUGGUAAGUGAUACACGCUAAUUAAUUAAUAAUAAUCUUGAUUUUUCUAAUUGAGAAAUAUUUUGUACAAA